CCCCUCGAGGCCGACGUAACCCCCUCCCCUCCUCCUCCGCCCCACCAUUCACCUGUGGAAGACGAUGUCCUCUGAGAAGUUCAACCCGGACAACCACCUCAUCCUCGAACAACCCCUCCUAAAACUCCCCCAUGCACUUCACGAAUCAGUAUUCCGCGCUUCCCGCGUCGCGAUCGACCGAGAAACGACAAACUUGACGAAAUCAAUCGCUGUGGUGGAGAAGGAGGUAGGGAAGGAGGGCGGAGUGGAAAAUGCGCUGAAGGGGAUUGAGGGGAUGAUUGGGCGGAUGCAGGGAUUGAAGAGGAAGCUCGGGAAACUCCAGAUCGAAGAGCAAACAAUCCUAACCUCAACCAAGUCCCGCCUCUCUUAUCUCUCUGAACUCUCCACAAUGACAACCACCACUUCCCCAACCUACGACCGCUGGAAUCAAACCCGCCUCGACCGCCUCAUCAUCGACUACAUGCUCCGUCAAGGCCUCACAUCCUCCGCCGCCUCCCUCGCACAGAAUCGCGGAAUUGAAGAACUUGUGGAUGUGGAGGUUUUUGUGAAGGCGAGGGGUGUGGAGAGGAGUUUGAGGGCUGAGAGAGGGGUGGGCGAGGCAUUGGGGUGGUGUGGGGAGAAUCGGAAGGUGUUGGUGAAGAAUGGGAUUGGGAGUGAUCUUGAAUUCGAGCUGAGGUUGCAGGAGUUCAUCGAACUCGUCCGCGCCGACAAGAAACUCGAGGCAAUCGCCUACUACCGGAAACAUCUCACCCCACACGCCGCAACACAUAUGCCACGUAUCCAACAAGCCGCGGCACUACUGGCAUACCCGCCCUCCACGACCGUCCAACCAUAUGCAGACCUCUAUUCCGAUGCACGAUGGGAUACCCUAGCAGACUUAUUCGUCAAAGCGCAUCAUGCGCUGUACGCACUCCCUAACCCGCCACUUCUGCACGUCGCCCUAUCAGCGGGCCUCUCGGCUCUCAAAACUCCAUCUUGCGCUUCGGCAGGAACGAACACGAGCACCAACUGCCCAAUCUGUUCCCCCGAAAUGGCCGGUUUAGCCGAGAACGUCCCCUUCGCACACCACAUCCACUCAACCCUCGUCGAUACCCUCGCGCCCACUCUCUCGUCCUCGGAAUGCGAGAACGAACCGGUUGUGCUGCCGAACGGAAGGGUAUAUGGACGGCGAAGUUUGAGGAUUUGGAAUGAGAAUAUAGGGUUGAGGGGGGAGGAGGACGGGGGUAGGGGGGUUGUUAGGGAUCCGAGGAGUGGGGAGGAGUUUCCGGAGGAUGACGUUAGGAAGGUUUUCGUCAUGUAG